UCAAUGUCAAACAAAUUAAAAAUAAGUUGAUUGCGCGUUCCAUGGUGCUGGUUUUUAAAUUGAGAAAAUUCGUUUAAUUAUGUCCGGUUUUACCGAAAAUGCGUUAAUUCGUAAGCUACAAGAGUUGAAUUCUAGCCAACAGAGUAUUCAAACAUUGUCUUUAUGGCUUAUACAUCACAGAAAACACCACGCCGCUAUCGUCAAAACAUGGUACAAAGAGCUGUUAAAAGCAAAGGACAGCAAACAGCUAACGUUUAUGUAUCUAGCGAAUGAUGUGAUACAAAAUAGUAAAAAGAAAGGACCUGAAUAUGGGAAAGAGUUUGGAAAUGUGCUUGUCGAUGCAUUGAAACAUAUGGCCAAGACUGGCAUUAAUGCAAAGACUAAGCAAUCACUCCAUCGUAUACUUACUAUAUGGGAGGAGAGGGCUGUGUAUGAGCCUUCAAAGAUCCAGGAGUUUAAAGUUGCUGUUGACCCCAACGAUGCAGAACCAGGUAAUGUAGUCAAAAGAAAAACUGUUGACACUGAAGAAAAAGAACCAGAAAAGAAACCAAAGCUAGAGGAGAAGAGCAAAGACAAAGAGAAGAGCAAAGAGAAAGAGAAACGUGAAAGGAGACGGAGUGAGAGUAAGUCGGAGAGCCACAACGACUCUAACUCUAAUGUCAGCCCUAACACUUCACCUGGGGACCCUCCAGAACCUGAAGAACUAAUUAAGGCCCUGCUGGAGUUGGAGUCGAGUGCCUCUAGCGACGAAGCGGUCCGGGAGCGCAUCGCCUCUCUGCCGCCAGAAGUUUCCGAAGUGCAAUUAUUAUCUAAGUUAGAAGAUAAGGAAUCGGCGGUCAGCCUCAGCGCCAUAGUUAAUUCAGCGGUGGAACUGUUGGCCGAGUACAACCUGAGGCUGUCUGAGGAGUUGGACAAGAGAAGAAAGGUUGCCGCCAUGUUGCGGGACUUCGAACAGGCGCAGAGGGAGCUCGCCAAGCAAGCCGAGGCGAAACUUGAGGAAUACAACAUAAAACUACAAAAGAUCUACGCAGUGAAGUCGGAAGUGAAGUCUCACAUAGAGAACCUGCCAGACGUGUCUCGUCUGCCAGACGUGACGGGCGGCCUGGCACCGCUGCCGUCCGCCGGAGACUUGUUCAGCGUAUGAGGGUUGCACCCCUGCCAUGACCUAUGACAUACAACCAAUUUGACUACAACUAUGAUCAUUUACAAACUUUCGACUAUAUCGCGUACCACCAGAAGCGCACUGUGUAUUUUAUGAUUGUCUUUUACUUACGAACGCGACAGUCCCGCGUUUGCUUUAUGCCUCUCAACUAUACUCUUAAAGAAGUUAGUAUAGGGCUCUCCCUGUUACGUAAUUCCAUACAAAUGACAGGGGCAAAAACCAUUCGAGUCGCUAAGCAUUUUUUAAUUAAAAAUCGCGAGCAAACGAGCAAGCAGGUCACCUGAUGUUAAGUGAUUACCGCCGCCCAUGAACAUUUGCAGCACCAGAGGAAUCGCCGAUGCACUGCCGGCCCUUAAGGAAUUUGUUGGUCCGCCCCUUGAAUGUUGUAAUCUAGUGGGAACACCGCCGCUGGGAGUUUCCACAGUUCUAUGAUGCGUGGAAAAAAGGACCAAUUCCGAACAUGUUA